GGACUGGGCUGAGUCCACCACACCCUGCACCCUAUUAGUUUGCUAUGCAUCAGAAUUGCCAUACUAGGCCAUGUUGCAAACUGUUGUGAUACAUUCCACAGUACAUGUUUGUUAGAGUAUUUAGUGACGUGAUCUCUUUAAACUUCCAAGAAAGUACAGGUAGACACAAAAAGCUGGAGUAACUCAGCGGGACAGGCAGCAUCUCUGGAGAGAAGGAAUGGGUGACGUUUUGGGUCAAGACCCUUCUUCAGGCAAGAAAGUACAGGAGGAUCAUAUUGCACAGAGCAGAGGGUGAGAAUGGAUGCCACGGUCAGAACAAAGUCAUUCCCUGAAAAACAAUUGUAUGGUAGUAACUCGGGAAUUAUGACAUCGAUGACUGCCCAAAGUUACACUGAAAGUACUCGGGAAGAUAAACCAUAUUCAAUACAUUUAAAUGGUCAGCACACCAGUGCUACAUCAUCCGACCUUAACCCAUUCAGCAGUGCUGAGAACUUCAUCAGAAGGGGCAUUUUGGAAGAUGCAACUGCUGUAGGUUGUUCACGAGAGGAGAUGCAAAGUCCUUCAAUUGGUGUAGGUGGUGUGAACUUGGCCAUAGACCGUGCCAGGAAGGAACAAUUUAGAUGUCCUCACUGUGGAAAGACCUUCGAAGAACUAUCCUCCUUCACUGCUCAUAAGCAGACCCACAGGGACGACAACCCAUUGAAAUGCAAGGUGUGCGAUAAGAUCUUCAUGCACUUGUCCAGCCUCCUGAAGCACCACCGCAUACACACUGGCGAGCGGCCCUUUAAGUGCGAGGUGUGCGGAAGGGCCUUCUCGGUUUCCUCCAGCCUCCUGCAACACCAGCGCAUCCACACGGGGGAGAAGCCAUUCAAAUGCGACGUGUGUCAGAAGCGCUUCACCGAAUCCACCUCCCUUAGGACGCACCAGCAUAUCCACACCGGCGAGAAGCCAUUCAAGUGCACCGAGUGCGGCAAGGGCUACAGCAGGUCUUCGCAGCUACUGAUCCACCAUCUCACGCACACCGACGAGAAGCCAUACCAAUGCACCAUCUGCCUGAAGGGCUUCAUCCAGUUCACCCACCUGGCCAACCACCAGCGGGUACACACUGGGGAGAAGCCCUUCCAGUGCGACCUGUGCCAGAAGCGCUUUGUCUCCUUCUCCUCCCUCGCCUCGCACCAGCACAUCCACACGGGCAUGAAGCCCUUCAAGUGUGAGAUGUGCGGCAAGACUUUCACGCAGUCGUCCAACCUCCUGAAGCACCGGCGUAUCCACACGGGGGAGAAACCCUUCAAGUGCGAGGUCUGCGACAAGACCUUCACCGUGUCCUCCAGCCUUCUGAAGCACCAGCGCAUCCACACAGGCGAGAAGCCGUUCAAAUGCGACGUCUGCGCCAAGUGCUUCAUUGAGUCCUCCUCCCUGACCAGGCACCAGCGCAUCCACACAGGCGUGAAACCAUUCAAAUGUGAGGUAUGCAAUAAGGUGUUCACGCAGUCAUCCAGCCUCCUAAAGCAUCAAUACAUGCACACCAGGUAGAAGACCAUGCACCAUGACGCCUGGAAAAGCUUCACCUCCUCCUGUGGGGUCAGGUCCUGGAAGUACAUCUACGCAGGACAAAGCCCUUCGCAUUUCUGAAGGGCUCCAGUGUGUCGAGCUGAUAAGUAAUUCAUCCCAGCACACCGGUUUAAAUUAUUUCACUGUCUCCUGGUGCAAGCAGCUCAGCUCAGAGAUGUUAUACGAGUGUGAGAGGUUAGCAAUUAAGUUUUUAUUUUGCACUCAUAAUUUCAUCACAGUAAGCAUGGAAACGGCUGAACUGUACAUAAGGUCAGGCAGUGUUAAACUUGAGUUGUGACCAAAACGGUACACAUUCAUGCUUUUCACAAUAUUUUGUAUCUAGCUUCAUGAUUCAGUAACCCAGGAUCAAAACUUAAUCCACCAAUGCAAUUAUAUGAAAGGACAGAAAGUACUGGAUUAACUUGGCAGGUUCUCUGGAGAACAUGGAAAGGUGCUGUUUCAGGUCGGGACCCUUCUUCAGACUCCAGUCACUUUGAUUUGAAGAGACUGAAGUCUGAAGAAGGGUCCCGACCCGAAACGUUACCUAUUCAUGCCCUCCAGAGAUGCUGCUUGGCCCAUUAAGUUUGAAACAUAGAAAAUAGGUGCAGGAGUAGGCCAUUCGGCCCUUCGAUACAGCCAAUCAAUACGAUCAUGGCUGAUCAUCGAGAAUCAGUAUCCUGUUCCUGCGUUCUCCCCAUAUCCCUUGAUUCUGUUAGCCCUAAGAGCUAUAUCUAACUCUCUUGAAUGCAUCUUGAAUUGAGUUAUUCCAGCACUUUGUGUCCUUUGUGUAAACCAGCAUCUACACUUCCUUGUUUCCACUUCAUGCUAUUAAAUGGUUGACUGUAUACAGUGAUAGAGAGCACAGCAUGGAAAUAAGCUCUUUGGCCUACUGAAUUCACACCAACCAUUGACCACCUAUUUACUGUAUACUAAUGCUACAUUAAUCGCAUUUUAAAUUGAUCCCCACAUUCUUAUCAACUUUAUUUAGGAGAUAGAGGAGUUGUGAAUAAAAUUACUUGGGGCAUAGAUAGGGUGAAUAUAGGGUGAAUGCACACACUAUUCCCCAGCACGAUUGGGGAACCAAGAACUAAAGGGCAACGGUUAAGGUAUCUAUUAAAUCUUUACAAACAGAAAGUUGCAAGUGGAAGGGGUUGAGACAUUGUAGCCAAAAUGAGAACAUUUAAAAAUAAUUUGGAUUGGUAAGUACACAGGAAAGGUUUAGAGGGAUGUGAGCAAAUUGCAGGCAAAUGGGACAAAUGGGCAUCUUAGUUAGCAUGGAUGAGUUGGGUCAAAAAGCUUGUUUCAAAACUAGAUGACUCUUGAACUCUGUAACUUAUCUCAGAUUCUACAAUUCACCUUCAGAAUAAGGGCAAUUUUCAAAGAUGGAAGCCACCCCAUUACAGAAAUGAUAUGGAGGCUUUGGAGAAGGUGCAGUAGAGGUUGACCAGAUUGCUGCAUCGAUUAGAAUGUAUUAGUUAUAAGGAGAGGUUAGACAACUUGGACAUUGGAGUUUCAGGCAAGACCUGAUAGAAGUAUAUACAAUUAUGAGAAGCAUAGAUAGGGUAGAUCCCAGGGUGAAAAGGCAUAGCUUUCUACUCAUGCUGGCUCGAAAGGUCGAAUGGCCUACUCCUACACCUAUUGUCUUCAAGGUUAGUGGGGCAAAGUUUAAAGGAAAUGUGCAGGGCAAGAGUGGUGGGUGCCUGGAAUGUGCUGCCGAGGGUGGUAGUGGAGACUGAUACGAUAAGACAUUUGAAAUGCUUUUAGAUAGGCACAUAGAUAUCCAAAGAAUGGAAGGAUAUGAAUUUUGUGCAGGGAGAAGAGAUUAGUUUAACCUGACAUCGUAGUUGACAUUGACAUGUGGGUUGAAAGGCCAGUUCCUGUGAUGUACUGGUCCAUGUCCUUGGUAUCAGGGGACAAUUAAUUUAAAAUGUUUAUUUUUACUGAUCAAUCUACUUUUAGCUGUAUUAAUGCAAUUCCUGUCGCGUUAAUGUGCAAGUCUUUUACACAUAGAUUGGCAGGUGGUAAUAAUGCACAGCCGAGAGAGGCAGUAGAAGCAGAUAUGUCUCGACUGGCACAAGAAAAUGUAGGGGAUAGAGACCAUAUGCAAGCAGAUGGGACUAGUUAGAUUAGUUGCCGUAAAUCAGGUGGGCCAAAUUCCCUGUGCUUGUAUCGUGCUGUACUUUAGUUUAGAGAUACAGCGUGGGAAUAGGCCCUUCGAGCCACCAAUUCCGCACUGACCAACGAUCCCCACACACCAGCACUAUUCUACGCACACAACGGACAAUUUACAAUUUUACCAAAGCCAAUUAACCUACAAAGCAGUACGCCUUUGGAGGGUGGGAGGAAACCCGAAUUCCCAGAGAAAACCCAUGCAGGUCACGGGGAAAACGUACAAACGCCAUACAGACAGAACCCAACGUCGGGAUUGAACCCACGUCUCUGGCGCUAUAAUGCACCAGCGGUACCACUACCAGUAGGUACUUUUCCACAUUUUUUUUAAUCACUGAAAAUUUCCCCUAUUCUGUAGGUGAGUAGUAGAAUGUUACUCUGCAUUCUACAGUGCUGGUUUAUCAAAACAAAAGACACAAAGCGCUUGAGUGAUUUAGCGGGUCAGGCAGCAUCUCUGGAGAACAUGGAUCGGUGAUGUUUUAGGUCUGGACGCUUCAAUCUGAAAAAGGUCACAACACAAAAUAUGACCUAUUUAACCAGACUCUGGUGACCUUGAGAAUUAGUGUGAGUGUCUUUAAUUGAUUUAGCCCAUGUAAAAGAUGGCCCACAAUUUUGUAAAGGCAGAGAGUUCCGGGAUUUCGAUUUGGCAAGAAUGAAGGAUCAAGAUUUUACUUUCAGCUGGAAUGAUAUGACAUGAAGGGAAAUAUGAUGGUGGUGGCAGUCCCAUGUACCUGCUACCUUCAUGCUCCAAGACUGUAGAAAC